CAAUCGAAAGCGAGUCAAAGAUUACGUUGUUAAACAAAUCCCGAAAUAUCCCAUGAAUCUUGGGCAGGACAGCUUAUAAACAGAACAAAUCCUCUACUGCAUUAUUGUUUUUAGCACCAUGAGGUUAGAAGCUAUGGAUUUUCCGCAUUUUCAGAAAGAGUACUUAGAUGUGGUGUUGGUCCCAAUUGGGCUCUUGAUCAUGCUAAUCUACCACCUCUUCCUCCUCUACAAAUACAUCACUUACCCUCUCUCCACCGCCAUCGGUUCUGAAAACAAUUACAAGAAAGUUUGGGUUGGAAAAAUCUUGCAGGGUGAAGAUGUUCAAGUUGCAAGGAAAGUUAAAACAGCUCUUGAUGUGAUUUCCUCCAAUACAAGUGCAACUGCGUCCUUAGCAUCAACCUCUCUAACUCUCUGUGCUCUCAUUGGAGCUUGGAUGGCAAACUCCAACAACAACUUCCAAAAAAAAUAAUAUAUGGCAACACAAACCCUUCAACUACUUCCAUCAAGUACAUCUGCCUCUUGACAUUUUUUCUCCUUGCUUUUUCAUGCUUUGUUCAAUCAGCCAGCAGGGCCGGCCUAGGCCUAGUGCUAUCAGGACAACCGUCCGGGACUCAAAAUAAUUAGGAGCACCAAAAUUAUUA